AUGAGUUAAUAAUAAAAAAUAGAUAUAGAAUUAGGUAAAAACACUGAAGAUCAAUUAUAUCUUUCUAGUAAUAUGAGUAAGGAUAUAAAUAAUUUAGAGACUAGCGCAAAUUAACUUUAGAUUGGCAAUGAAACAAUUUAAAUAGAAGAAGAAUAAGAAAUUGAAAACUAAUGCUUAUCUAUGACAUAUUACUAUCUUUAUCCUUUGGUUUUGGUUUUCCAAAUUUUUGUAGCCAUUUUGAUAUUUUUGUUGAAUCUGAUUUAGAUGUUGUUAGGAUGUAAAAAGCAAUAAAUUUUAUUGGUAAUUUGGCUGAUUAUAUCGAGCACUGCUCUCAUUUAUGUAGCUGUUAAUUACUUUUUUUUGUUGGAUGAGUAGUCUCACAUUUAGUACUUUUACCAAGAGUUUUUGACUUUUUUAUUUGCAAUUAUAAUUGUUUAGCAGCAUAUUAUAUUAGUCACAGUCAAAAUAAAUAAAAAUCUUCUUCAAAAUAGCAUUUUAGACAAAUUCAACACCACUUUAAAUACUUUCUACUUUAAUGAGGAAUAAGAAAUAGAUGAUAGAUCAUUUUCACUUGAUUACAAUUUUAGAUUAUCAAAUAUUUAACUGCAAAUAGAAUAAGAUCCUUAGUAUUCAAAAACGGCUUUGUUUUUUUCUACUUUUACUUUUGAUGAAAAACCAUCUAAACUGAAUCUAAAUAUUAAGCAGUUUUACUAAAAAUUUGAUGAAUAUAUCUCUCCUAGCUUCAAAAAUUAUUUACUUUUGUCUCUUAUAAUAACAAUAAAGUUUGUUUUUAUCUAUUUAUACAUAUAGAAGAAUACUCCAGUUUUAAGUGAAAAAGAUUAUAUAGAUUUUGCUGUUGUUGCAAUUGGAUAUUACUAUGUGAUAUUUAUGAUGAAUAAAAAUCUAGGCAAUAAAGAUCUUAAAAGAAAGAUUAAAUAAAUGCGUGUCUUCAAUAAUUUAAUUUCAUUUGAAGAAAUUAAUUCUCAAAAUUUUAAUUAGAAACUUGACAUAACAUGCUUAGUCAGCAUUAAGACUUGGGAUAAUGCAAGAAGGUACAUUUUAUCAUAUAAAAAUGAUUAUUUGCUCGAGCUAGAGUUAUCAUAUAUCUGGCUUAUUUUAUCUUAUAUUUUUGAUAUAGUAGGAUGUAUAUCUUAUUAUUUUGAUAUCAAUUGGAUUAUACCAGAAAAUUCAGAUCUUCUAAAUCCUGUUCUUAUAAUUGCAAAUAGCUUCAAUUUUAUCUUUUUUACAAUAUUUCUCCUAUUUAGAAUUUACUAAGGUUCUAAGUAUAAUCAGACUUUCGAAGAACUUGAUCAAAGUGUUUCAAAAAUUUUAGAUGUCUAUACUGAUUUACAUUUGAUGCACUAAGAAUUCUUUAAGUAAAAAAAAGAGAAGGGCAAACUAGUUGAUGAUAAAUUCAGUGUUUAUGGGUUAAUUAUAAAAAGGAUUAAAUAAUUGAGCAAAUAUUACAUCAAAAAUCAAAUACCAUUCUAGAAUAAAGUUUAUUCUAUAACUUAAAAAGAGGAUUUGAGAAGAAAGAUGGUUAGUGAUUUAAGAAAAGGAUUCAAAAAAUUAAAAUAAUCUAUUUAAUAAGAUAAAGAAAGCUACACUUAUAGCUUUUUGAAUUUGUUAUAAGUAGAUAUCUAAAGCUUUUUACUUCCACUCACAGUAGCUUUAGUAACAACAUUACCAACUAUUGUUCCUAAAUUCAUUGAGUUUUAUAAAAAGAAGUAAUGA